CUCUGCGCAGUGCACCUACAGUGUCGUGAGAAAUAGGGAGAAACAGUAUAUAUUUUAUUUAUAGGACAUUCAGCGAAUAUGGUAUAAGAACGAGAUUUAGAAGGAAUAAUGCCAAUCUAAGUCAUAUCAAUGAUGCGGUAUAUUAAAAGACAGCCUGCAGCUAAAAUGGAACGGCAGAGGAACGGCACACGGGAAGCACACACCAGAGUUCGUGGCGCUCUUCUCCGAGUCGCAGCGCUGGUGACAGUCAUGGCGACCUUGAUGGCAUUGGUGUCAGUUUCUAGCUUCCUCUCUCCAAACGCUGAACCAGGCGCGGUCGAGGGUAGUGGGCUGGAGAUGCCUCAUGUCACUCAGGCCAACGAGGAUGGGCUGGAGAUGACUCAUGACACUCAGGUCAACGGUAGAGGGCUGGAGAUGCCUAAUGUCAAUCAGGUCAACGGUGGAGGGCUGGAGAAGCCUCAUGUAACUCAGAGAAACGCUACUCAGCAGAGGGCGUCUGGUUCGGUAUCCCGGUCACGCCAAUCGCCUGAUGCCCAACCGAAGAUAGUCGUCACUCGAUCAGCUAAAGUUCGAACAAGAGUAUUCAACGCCGUAUCGGAAGCUUUGGAUAACAUUUUUCUCAACCGUUCUUCACAAGAAGAACAGCCCCAUAACAGCAUCGGGCUCCAAGAAAAACGAAUCAAAAAUUCAUCACGCCAAUCCUACGAACAAGGACUCUCUAGGAAAAAAAGAGACCCAGGACAAACUGAUGAAAAAUACAUAUCUGAGUCUCAGAAUCAAACACAGCUCUCAGAUAAUGUGCGUAAACCAAUUCUUGUUCUUGAACUUUGCUCCAAUAUAUUCAAAAGAAUCUAUGAUGGAGAAUUACCUCCGGAACCUGUCAUUCACUAUUUUAGCAAAGACAGUAAAAAGUUUAUGAAAAUUUUCCUCCAAGCACGUUUUGUGGACAUCUGCCUCCCACUCUACCGGAGUCUAGACAUAUGUAAAGAGAUGAAGCACUUGACAAUAUGCAGCGAUUUGGUCGUGUUCCUUCACACCCAUGACUGCCAGAGGCCUUCAGAAUAUGACAAGUACUUCGAAGUCCUCUUGCUGAGAACCCUUGUACAGGAAGAUUACAACUGUUUCCAGCUUAUAUGCGACGGAAUGUACAGAAUUGUCGUGCAGAAUGUGAGUGGAAUCACCGUCGAGGUUUGGGUGAACGACCAUGGAAAUGAUCAGUGCGGUGAAUAUUACAGUAACGACGAGGUCAUUGAUUUCUUGGCUGACAAGGAGCGGGAGGUGAUCAUCUGGACGAUAAACACCUUUUUUCCUUGCUGCUACUCAGUGCACGGCGCUGUGUGGUUGGGUGUCCCUGCCGAUCGAGGGAUGAACAAGUUCUGGGAUUAUCUUCCGUUUUCUUGCCGUGUUGCCGAAAUUGCUUUGGUGUGUCUUGUUGCACUCGUGGGAUUAAGCGGAGCACUUGGAAAUCUGCUGGUUGUGGUUGUGAUGCUCACUGGUGACGAUGAAGGGGAAUCCUGUAUCCUGCGCACGUCCUUAGCCUUUGCUGAUCUUUUCACAAGCGUGUUCGUCAUUCUUCCAUCCCUUUUUGACCAUUUAUCUCCAAUUUUGGAGAUUUAUGAUCUAAAAGAAAACUAUCAAGUUAUUGAACACCUUGGAAAAACUCGUCGAAUUCAGUUCGCCAACUUUGCUGAUGUCUAUGAGACUAAAAAUAGUUUUCGAGUAUUCCAAGGUCUGGUUCUAGGAGUGUGUUCCUUUGUGUCUCUUUUCACCCUCUUUAUGCUCAGUUGUGAAAGACUUAUUUUAACGGGAAGAGCCCUUCAAUACCAGCACUAUUUCUCGGUUCCUCGGAUCAAGAUAGUUAUCAUUAUAACCUGGAUCACUGCACUUCUAAACACACUGACCUUCAUGUAUGACGGCGAUGGCGGCUUUACUGUUACGUGGUCUAGCCUCACCAAACUGCCUGUGUCGUUAUCGCUCAGUUUCAGUGAGGCAUAUGUUGUAAACUUGCUAUUCUUAAUUCAAGUUGGUCUGCUGGUCUUUCUCUGUAUUGGAAUCCUAUUUUUUUCCAUUGCUUCUAUUGUGAAAUUUGCGCAAGAACAAACAAAGGUCGCAGCAGAGUGGAAAUAUCGAAACAUGCGAGUCUCGGGUCCAUUCAGCCAAGAAAACCGCUACAUAUUGAGCACGAUGGUUAUGAUGACGCUGUUGUUCAUGAUGUCCACAGUCCCAAAGGCUGUCAAAACAAUCUUAGAUCAUACUAGCUACAAAUUUGCUAAUGUCUUCCUAAUGGAAUAUCUGAGCUGGUGGAUGUUUGUGUCGGGAAGUGCCUGGAAUCCUUGGGUCUACAACAUGAGAAGCCAACGGUUCAGGAAGGACACAUUAAAUGUCGUCCAGGGGAUGAUCCCACGAAGGCUUAAGGAGAGGCUACGGCGUCCUGAUGCUGCAGACCGAAGGAGAGAGAGAGAGAGGGCACAAGAAAAGAUGCUUAGGAGGUUGGGUUUGGUUGAUGAUCAAAGUUGAUGUGUAAAUUGGCUUUAAACCUCUGUACAAUGGGGCUGUUUCCAUUAAUAUUUUAGUAAAAGAUGAGAAUGCCGAAA